UGCGAGAGUAUCAACUAAUCAUGGUCGAAAUACGGAACGGCAACAGCAACGGUAGCCAAGAUGAGGAUGACUUUCAUCCUGCACCGCAGUGGCUGACGGUGUCCUAUGUAGAAUCCAUUCUGCGUCGCGUUAAGCAGGAUUCAGAGCUCAGUAUUAAGGAUUUAAAUAUCAAGGCCGCAACGGCCAAGGGCGACAAUUAUGCCAGCAUUAUGACCAGAAUCAAGGUGGACUAUGUGCGUGGCGGCGCCAAUCAGCCAGAAACGGAAUUCUUUAUUGUGAAGACCACAUACGAGAAUGAUCCAUUCAUUUCCAACAUCUUUGCGGGCUACAAUGCCAGCCAGACGGAAAUGGUUAUGUACGACAAAAUCCUCCCACAACUGAGUGAACUGUUGGAGGGCACACAACAAUCGGAGAAACUAUUUGCCAAGACGCUGCAUGUGGACUACGAGCACUCGGCCAUUAUCUUUGAAGAUCUGGCUGUAUCCAACUACGUGCUGGGCGAUCGUUUGACAGGCUUCGAUUUAGAGCACGCCAAGUUGACGUUGCGAAAGCUGGCCAAGAUGCAUGCCGCAGCUGCCGUCUUCAACGAGCGUCAGCCCGGGCUCCUCGCCAAACUGGAUCAUGGUAUAUUUAACCGUCAUACGCGGGCCUUUUCGCCAAUGUUUGAGAGUCUAUUCGGCGUGGCCGCACAGUUUGCCGGCCAGUGUCCAGAGCUGGGCAGCGUCUAUGAGGAGAAGUUGAAGCGCCUGCAGAAGCGUGUGAUGGAAUACACCGAAAGAGUUUAUGAUCCACAACCGGAUCAAUUCAACACCUUAACUCACGGCGAUUUGUGGAUAAAUAACAUAAUGCUGAGGAAUAAAACCGAUCAGAAUGAGCUGGAUAUGCUGCUGAUUGACUUUCAGUUCUCCGCCUGGGCCUCACCCGCCGUGGACCUCUUUUACUUCAGCAGCACCUCACUCCAACCUGAAGUGCGCAACAAACAUCUGGACGCCCUAAUCCAAUAUUAUCAUAAGGUACUGGCGGAUACCCUGCGUGAAUUGAACUUUGGUGGCCAUAUACCCACGCUUCGGCAGUUGGUACUGCAACUGGAAAAGGGUAAAUUUAUGGCUGUGACCGCUACUCUGACCUGCCAGGCUAUAAUGCUCAACGAGGAAACAAAGGAUGCGGACUUCAAUGGUCUGCUGCUGGACGAUGAACGGGGUCGCAACUUUCGAAAGGGCAUGUACAAUAAUAAGAGGCUUCAGGAAAAUGUAAAAAGAUGGCUACCCGAUUUUGAGCGCCGCGGCCUUCUCGAUGUAUUCGAUUAAUAUUAAUAUAUACUUAAACUGAUUUUAUAUUCAUGCUAACUGUUUGCCUUGUAUCCUGGAGUUUUGUUUUUUUUUUUUAUUCUAGAAUAGAUAUUAAGAACAAAUUAAAGAGUUUAUAUAUUAAAAA